UGCUGAACAUUCAGAAACCCUAAUUUCCGCCAUCUGAAAUCUGUCACACGUUAUUCUAGACAUUCUCUUUCUGUUUAAAUUUCCCUGGUUUGCCAUUGUUAGAGAAAAAGAAAAAGAGAAGGCAAUGGGAAGCGAUAGCGAAGCAGAGAAGGCGCAGCAGAAGGAGAAGGAGAGGAAGAAGAUGUUAGCUAUUGCUCCCAUAGCAAAGCCCCUCGCUGGCAAAAAGCUCUGUAAGAAAACCCUCAAGCUCGUCCGCCGAGCUGCUGAGCACAAGUGUUUGAAGAGAGGAGUAAAGGAAGUGGUUAAAAGUAUUCGUCGUGGUCAAAAAGGAUUAUGUGUUAUAGCUGGAAACAUAUCUCCUAUUGAUGUCAUAACUCAUGUUCCAAUCCUAUGUGAAGAGGCUGACAUUCCCUAUGUUUAUGUUCCCUCAAAAGAAGAUCUUGCAACUGCAGGAGCUACCAAGAGACCGACAUGCUGUGUUCUGGUGCUAACCAAGCCCACCAAAGGGGAACUAAGCCCCGAGGAACAAGAAAAAAUAAAGGCGGAUUACAGCCUGAUAGUAGCGGAUGUAUCUGAGCUUACAUCCUCCCUAUUUUAAUUAACAAAAAAUUUUUGUUGUGCUUUGAUGUGGACAUUCUAUUUUCUGCAUCUCAGGGGAUGUGCUUUACUUAAGUUAAUACUUAUUGUAGUACACUAGCAUCUGGCCAUCUGCUUGCUUUCAGUUUUCACUAGGGAGUCUCUGAGAUGUUAAUCUUUAUUCAGUUAUGUGUAUCAAGGGAUGAAUUUUCUUACACUUUUAGGUACUUUUACCAUUGAAAAAUAUUGGUUUGUUUUGA